AUGCACAAGACGCUCCCUAUCAUGUUCGCAGCUGGCGCCGUGGCGCAGAGCACCAUCACCACCAGCUGGCUCGCCGGGGGCUUCGACAACACGCCCGUCGCCUCGGUCAUCGCCGCUGACUCCAAGGCCGUGACAUACUCGAUCGCGUGCAACUAUUCGGACAUCCAGGAGGGCGAGUGCGGCAUCCCCGCCGGCUUCACUGUUACCGCGGGCCCGUCCAUCUUCGAGUACCACUACACCGACUACACGGUUGCCACCGACUACACUGCCGACUUCACCAUGGAUGCCAGCUGCGCCAUCGAGGGCACCACCAAGGCCGUCUGCGUCGAGUCCGCCGAUGGCGCCGACGCAAACUUCCCGGGAUUGAGCACCGAGACUCUGACCGGCACCGACGUCGAAUGGGGUCCGCUCGUCAUCACCGCCGGCGCCGAGAAGCUGAGUGCCACUGCCGGCGCCACUGCCACCGGCUCUUCUUCUGCUUCCGAGACGAGCACCGCGGCUCAGUCCGGCUCGAGGACGAGCGCCGGUGUCUCGGCCACUGCUGCCUCUACCUCUGCUUCCCAGAGCAGUAGCGCUUCUGGUUCUGCCGCUCAGGCUUCGUCCACCGGCGGUGCUGCACAGUUCGCCGUGCCCGUUGCCGGCGUUGCUGGUGUCCUGGUUGCCGCUCUGGUUCUCUAG